AUUACUAUAUGCAUGUUAUAGGUAGAUAACCUGAUAACGUUCGCGAAUUGUUGUGAAAGAUUAUCACAACUCAGGUAUUUACUUUCAAAAAUAAACCGAAUGGAAAAUAGCAUCAAGCUUAUCUCGAUAAAUGUCACAAGGUCAUGUCAAGGACAAUCGCGAUAACAUGAUAAGAAGUAUUGGAGACUCAAACAUUUACGACGUAUAUAUUAGCUUAUAAGUUAUACAGCUUUGUAAAUCAGCGAUUAUAUGUGUAGCAACCGUAGUCGAGCAAAGUCGGGUAUCAGCUAAAUAACCCAUGCAUAACCCGAUAAGCGCACAUUUCAAAGUGUUUACAAGCGUUUACAAGUUUAUGAUUUGUGCUUUAUUGCCGUACCAGAAGAUGCAAUACAGGAGUAUACCGUGCAACUAUUAGUGUCAAAUAACGUAUGCAAGAUGGCUAAUAUUAACCGCGGUCUGUUAGUAUCAACGUGCGGUUUACUUGUAUUAAGUAUAGGACUGCUUAUAGCUUUAAUAGUGGUGGCUACGUCUGACAACAAGGAGGUUGGAACCCCUGAAACACUGCCUGACCAGUGUGAGGUUGUUGAUCAUUCAUUCACAGACACUGAGCCUAAAGUGCCAGGCGUAUUCCAUGAUCUGACCAAAACUGAGAUCGCUGGACUACAAAAGUACCUCUACGAGCAAAGUAACCUUGAUCUUGUGCGACCGUCAAAAAGCAAGACUAAUGCAAACUACGUGUUCGUUGCAGAAUUACAUCUUCCAAACAAAUCCGAAGUACUCGCGCAUCUUGACAACGGAACUCAUCAGCCCAUACGAGAAGCAAAGGUCAUUAUCAUUCGUGGAAAAGCACCGGACCGCGAGAUCAACGAACUCAUAGUGGGACCUUUACCAUCACCUUUAAACCACAGACCUUUGCCAGGAAUCAACGCUUCUAUACCAUAUUUCUACCGCCCAAUGACGGAAGAAGAUUAUGGCUCGGUUAUAAACAGUAUUACCGAUGAAGUAGAAGAUGGCUUUGGAAAUAUUACCGAAAAAUGUUUUGGGGCCCGUUUGAAGAAUUGCGGAAAUGAAUGCUUGUCGUUUCUAUAUGCAUCCUCUUUUUCGCCCGGAUCGAGUGGCGUGGAUCAGCGAAAGACAUGGUAUUGGCUAACAUACGAUAUAGAAUAUUACACACUGCAUCCAGUUGAUUUCGCAAUUUUGGCAGGCGUCAAUGAAACUGGUGUCCACAUAGACAAAGUUUGGUUUUCAGGCACACAGUUUAAUUCUUUAGAUGCCGCUUCUGUGGCUUACAAGAGCAAUACAUCAAUUUGUCAACCUCAACGGAAUUUUCCACCAAACAAGAGAACACUGUUUUCAACGUUAAACAAAAGGGGGGACGCACCGGCAGCCGCAAAAAAACGAGGCCCCAAAAUGGUAGAACCAGACGGCAAACGAUACACAGUUAACGGACGUCACGUGGAGUACAUGAAAUGGGCCUUUGAUUUCCGGAUGUCAACAGCAUACGGUCCCCAAGUAUAUGACGUGCGGUUUGACGGGGAACGAAUUGUAUAUGAGAUGGGCCUGCAAGAAGUUUCUGUUUUCUAUUCCGGUCACAGCCCUCAACAAAGAUUCUCAGACUACAUGGACUCUGCUGAACUUAUCGGACCCGCUGCACAGGGCCUUAUUCCCGGUGUUGACUGCCCGGAUCAUGCCACAUUUUUCGACACUAUGCAUGUCACCGAGAGUUCGGAAACACCGGACGUCAUAAGGAACGUGUUUUGUUUGUUUGAACUUAACACGGGCGAACCACUAAGACGGCAUUUCUCCUAUUUUGAUUCCGAAGGACGAUUUUUCGAAGGAAUGGAAAAUAAUAUCUUAGUCUUAAGAACUGUCGUUACAGUUGUAAAUUACGAUUAUGUAUUUGACUUUCGGUUCUUUCAAAACGGAGUUAUUGAAACAAAAGGCAUUUCUACAGGAUACGUUCUCGGAAACGCUUUCACGGAAAUGGAGAAAAAGUACGGUUUCAGGAUUCAAGAAUUCAUAACGGCUAAUUAUCAUACACAUCUUUUCAAUUUUAAAGUUGAUUUAGAUGUCAAAGGGACAACAAACCGAUAUGAAGUAGUGCAUAUUGACGUAGAAACGGAGCCAAACGAAUUUUCCUUCGUUCCGGGUGCAACGUACAGCCAAGGAAAACUCAGACGAGAGGUGAAAUUGGACGAAACCUCUGCUGCAUAUAAGUUUGAUUUUGAGAAACCAAAGUAUCAUAUUUUCUACAAUGAUGCCCAUAAGGAUAAGUAUGGAAACCAGAGAGCAUACAGGUUAUUACAUAAGGGCAUGGUGAAGCAGAUCAUCCCGGCGGGGCAUAACAAGGAGCCGGCCAUCAAUUGGGCCCGCUACCAAUUCGCGGUGACACGCCAGAAGGAUCACGAGGCCCACAGCAGUUCGAUGUAUUCCAUGUUCGAUAUCAACGAUCAAGUGGUCAACUUUGAGUCGUACAUCAACGAUAACGAGACCAUUAUAGACCAGGAUUUGGUAUUAUGGAUAACAUCUGGAGUGCACCACAUACCACACAAAGAAGAUUUACCGGUCACCACUACGCCAGGGAUGGGCCUAAGCUUCUACCUGCAACCCUUCAACUACUUCGACGAAGACCCGUCCAUGUAUUCACCGAACGCUAUUAGAAUGGAACCACGAGAUGGCGCUGUAUUCGUAGAACGUUAUGACGAACUAACAGAAACAGAAAUGAAAUGCGUCCCAGAGAAGACUAACUAUCUGGAGAAAAUAGAAUCUGACACGUCGCUCAUCUUUGAAAGCGUAGAUGACUGAAUGUUAUUGCAUGUAGUUGCAUUUUGGUAGUCUAGAAUAUUACUAAAGAAUCUAGUUUGAUAGAAUGUUCUGUAUAUACUAACAAGAAUGAAGAAUAACGUCUCAACAUAGUAUCACAAUA